AUGUCAUUUAGAGGAAUAGCAGAAUUUAUUCUGCACUUAGAACAUUUCAGAAAUAUAGACUUAUUCUAGCAAGGCAUGUACUUUUUGAAGUUUCAAAUCUUCAAUGAGGAUGAUGAAAAGGUAAUUUACUCUAAAGAUUAUGAGAGCAGAAACAAAGAUAAAGCUAAUUUCCAUAGAUUGCAAGAGCCAUCUACCUACGAUGAGCAAGCAUGCUAUAUGACAAAGAUAUUCUUUAUUAGAUACGCGGAUGAAAUAGUUUAAAUCAGAGAUAUAAUCAAAUACAGAACAGAAGUGGACGUUAAACCAGGGUAUUUGCAGACUGAGUUCUUUUUAAAAGUGGAGUUAUUUUACUGUUUACCCCCGUAACAUAACUUCCAGUAGAUCGUAAACUCCGCUGAGUUAAUGAAAGAGGAGUUAAGGAACAGUGCAGAUAAGUUUAAACUAGUGUAAACAAAGAUUUAUCAGAUCAAUAAUCUGCUGUCUGGCCUCUCUACUCUUAUUCCAAUCUCUUUUGACAGAGAAUUUACUAGUCUAUGUGUGUCUACUCUCCAUGGUUCAAUUAUCGAUUUUAGGUUUAGAGCUUCUAAUAUGAGAGGGAAAAUUAAAAGUGCUACCGGCCAAGAACAUUAAGAAGGAGACACAUUCAUGGAAAAUGGAAUUCUAGUUGAAUAGAAGUAUCUCGAGCAAGAUUUGUAGAUAUAAAGGAAAAAAGACUGGACUCCAAAUAACAUCGGUGAAUUCUUCUUUUUUGAUGAAUUCGGUUUUCUCUCAAUAACAGACAAAAAAGUAGAGGAAACUUACGCAGAUUAUACAGAAACGCUUUCAUAAAUUUAUCAAAACUUGAAGGAUAACUACUUAAAGUUUAGUUCAAAGUGUCUCAGUAAUCAAGAACAGUUAGAAGUAGAUUUCCCCAGGAUUCCAAAGGAGUUAGAAUAUAAGGGUCUGGACUCUUUCAUUGAGAGUGAAUUGAAAUCCUAAUUUAGAAGACCGCAGAUAGAGAUUAAAAAGGCCUAGCCAAUCAAGAAUUUUAAUUCAGAUGAUCAAUCUAUAAUUGAGGAACAAUCCUAGCUGUUCUCACCUGGCAAUUAGCCUUCAAGGUAUCAGAAUAACCAAGAUCAAGCUAGUAGUUUUAAUGACGAAGAGAGAGCUUGUUUCGGAAGUCCAGGCUCAUCGCAUUAAUAUUAAGAUGGCAUAAACGAGGAAGAAGAGUGUAAGAGACCUUAAAAUUCGAUAACAUUACCAAAGCCAAAUGAAAAAACAAAUAAGCAUUUUAAAUCAAAGUCAUCAAGCAAUAAUGAAUUUUAGAGCACUCUUGAUAGAUUCAAAGAAAAUGAGGAUUUUAUUCUUAGUAUCGAAGGCAGUGGUAGCAACAGCUCUAAAAAUGCAUUUAAAGAUCCAUAUAAAGUUGGCAAUGCCAUUAUAAUGGAGAUUAAUUCUCUGGCUGGACAACUAUUUGAGCUCUCCAAUAAUAUGUCCAAACUGUUAAUGCAUAAGCCAAAGAAAAUAUACAAAGUCCUUCUUGAUGAAUACUAGAAGAAACUUGAAGAUAAAUAUGGUGAAAAUAUACUUAGACAUGUUAUAAAAACGAAAGAUUUUUCCUUCCCAAGCGAAGAUUUUACAGGCUAACUAAACGAUAUUGUUGCUAAGAAGACGCGUUAAAUGAUCUAGAUGCACUAGGAGUUUGCAGGUCCAUCAAAUAUGGAUGUAGAGGAAGUCAAAAUUACAGAGGAGUAGCAAGCUAAUGGAAAGAAAAAGCGCAAGAAGAGAAAUAUGGAGAAAUAUGCUCCUCUAAUAUUUGAGGAGUGCUAUAUUAAGGACAAAAAUUUCGAUAGAAUUUAAAAUACGUUUGAGCUUCAUAAUGAUGAGAAGGUUAAGGAAAAGGUUCAUCCAAAUAAUGCUAAAUAAGCUAGCUAUUCAGGAUAGCAUUUGUUUGUAAUGUGUCACGGCUUCUAGGGUUCAUCCUUUGAUAUGAGAAUAUUCAAGAAUAUCAUAUCAAUAGCUUUACCUGAAUGCUUGUUUUUAUGCUCUAUUGCAAAUGAAUAAGACACUGAAGGAAGCAUACCAGACAUGGGUUAUAGAUUAGCAUAAGAAGUUCACUAAUACAUAAGAGAAAGUUGUCCUGGCAAGAACCUAGCUAGGUUGACUUUUAUUGGGCAUUCUUUAGGAGGGCUGAUAAUUAGGGCGGCACUACCUCAUUUAGAAAAAUUUAAAGAUCAAUUUCAUGGAUACCUUAGUCUAUGUAGUCCUCAUCUUGGUUACAUGUAUAAAUCAAGUAAGCUAUUUAAUGCGGGUCUUUGGGUUCUUAAAAAGUGGAGAAAGUCUCAGUGCCUAUCAUAGUUGAGUAUGACUGAUUCAAAGGAACUUGAAAAAACUACAUUAUUUGAAUUAUCAAAGCUCAAAGGUUUUGAAUGGUUUAAGCAUAUUAUCUUGGUCAGUUCAUUCUAAGAUUAAUAUGCACCUUUUGACUCAGCAAGAAUCUAAAUAUGCUCAGAUGCAGCAAAAGAUAUAGCUAAGGGCAAUAUUUACAUCUAGAUGGUUAAUAAUUUAAUGAGAGAUGUGAAGGCCGAUGUUCUCUAUAGACUGGAUGUGAAUUUCUAAAUUCAAGAGACCAACCUAGACUCUUUAAUUGGAAGAACAGCCCAUAUACUUUUCUUAGAAAAUGAAGAACUGAUGAAGAUGUUUGUCUCUAGAUUUAAGGAUUUCUUCUCAUGA